AAGAAGGAAUGGUUGUGGAGACUGAGGCGCCAUCUUGUGAUUGGCCAGGCUCGUCAAUAGAGGGCGUGUCCGGGCAGAAUGUCACGGAGGGGACGCAGGAAGAGGUGUUUGUUGUCAUGUAUGUGAGCUCUGAUCUCCGCACACUAUCACCGGCCUGAGGCGGGAGAAGGAGGUGUGUGAGGGAAGGAGACAGGAAAUCCCCAUACUAUGGUUGGUAGCUCUGGCCCCAAAGCUUUCGGGAAAUGGAUUCCUCUGCCGAUAAAGACUUUCUGUCACACAGGGGCAGUUAUCGGCCAUUAUACAAUACAGGACAUUAUUCUUUAAGAGGAGAACCUACAACUAAAACUUCAGAUGAAAAUGAUGACCUUGAGCAGGAUCAACUGAGGACUUUUGACGACUCUUCGUGGUCUUAUUGUGACAUUUCAUCAGCUCAGGCGAAGGGUGCUUUCAAUUCUUUAAGUUCUCAUUUUAAUCAGAGUGCUGGUUUUAAAAAACAUUCACAAAAGCCACAAACCUUGCAAGAACAGUAUUGGACUUGUGCAAUUCCAAACACUCCUCCACCUCGUCCUGAUCGGGAUUCUCCCAACUGGAACCCAAAUAAAGAGUACCAAGACUUGCUAGAUUAUACAUAUCCAUUGAAUUCAAAGUGUUUUUUGAAUAAGGGUAAUGAAGAAGCAGUAACAGAUGAGUUUUUGCAAGAUUCUGGCGUAGAUAUUGGUAGCUAUAAUCUCUCAUGUGAGAGUAAGUUCGACUCUUUUGGCUCUUCAUAUCGCGAAGAUCAUAAACUAAAGAUUAGUAGUUCUUCACAUACAAAUGGUCUAAAAUCACCAAAUGCCUUUUCAACACCUUUAUGUAGAAGAACUGGUUAUCGUCACAGUUUACGAAACCCCUCUGAGUCUUCUCAUUUAACAUCCUAUGGGGACCUUUCGCCUUAUACCAGCAAAUUAGACCUUGCCAAAGAGUCCACAGAGUCUUUUUGUCUCCCCAAAUAUAAUGUGUUUGAUAAACUGUUGACAACAGACAGGUCAACGAGAGAGAGGGUACAAAAGCCAGGUCAGUUUCUGGCAAGCACAAGUGUAUUGCCAUUACAGAGGGAUCUGGAUAGUGAUGAGGAGUAUCUUUCCUUACCACCUUCCCUGAAAGAGUUGGAUGCUCUGGCUACCAAUUUGAAGGACCUUUCAUUAGGAGUAGGUCAGGCCGGAAGCACAAAUUGUGAUCAGAACAAUGCUAGUAAACGGACAUUGAAUUUUUCUGGUAUUGAUGUAGACCAAGAAUUAUUGGAUUCAUUGAAGAGCAGAACUACCACAAGUGAUGACUUCAAGGACAUAAGCUUUGUAUGUCAAUUGUCAACCUGCCAAAAACACAAUGACUCUGAUAUGAAAACGUUUUCCUCUCUAAGGGACAUGCUUGAUGGUGGUGAUUCAUCGCUUGUAGAACUGAUUAGAUGUCCAUCGAUGCCAAAUAUACAAGAAAAUAAAUCCCUCGUCCAAAAAAUUCAGAAAUUCUGUCUUGAGUUGGACAAGUUAAUACAAUGGCUGUACAGUGUUGCCGAAGUAACAAACAACUGGACCGCCCCAAAGCCCAGUAUGGAGAGCAUACAGCUAUCGCUUAGUCUUUACUUGAAAUUGAAGAAGGAUGUUGCGGAGCAGAGAAUACUGGCUAAUUCAGUUAUGAAGGAAGGAGAAUCCCUGGCCAAAUGUAUGGCAGUUAAUUCCUCUGUGUUGAAGGACACCCUGGCAUUAAUUUCCAAACAAUCUGGAAAGCUUGAAAGACACACUGAACGCCUGUAUGCCUCUGUUCUUGAAGCUAUGGAUACCAUCACAGAUAAAGGCUUGGGGAGGAACAGUAACCCGAAACAAGCGGUUUCCCUGGAGAUGGAGUCCAGUUAGAUAAUGCACACUGGAGGAUGGAUUUGACACAUUGUGGAAACUUGAUUUUUGGAAUGGUUUAAAUCUUAAAGUGCACUCACUUCAACUGUGAAGCUAGGUACAGCAAAGAAAUCAUGCGUCCAAUGCUGAAGGAGAACGGUUCCUAUCGGAAUAUAUUUGAAUGCAGUCUUACAACGCUUCAUGCAAUGUUGAUCGCUUCAGAGCAGCACAGGUGGCAUUACUGAGCCAAUGGCAGCUACUGUCCGAGUCACUUUUUUUAAUGCACAUAUAUAUACAGAAAAAGCCACCUAUAUUGCCAACUGAACGUCUGGAUUAGGAAAGGGAUAAUACUUGCCUUAAGAUAUGACCUUAUUUUUAGGGAAAUUUCGAACUGUUAAAUUCUAGGAAUUCAGUCACUUUGUAAAACGUUCUGGGUUACGAGGCAUUGUAACAAGUGUGCAUGCCACCUCAUGGACUCAUCUAUUAUUUACAACUGACAUUUUUAUGGAGCAUCAGAAGCCUAGUCAUUGCUAUAUUUCAGGCACAGGACAUUCUAGUCUCCGUUCCAGCAGCCCAAUAAGAGCGUUAUGUGAACCUAUUCACAAAAUGCCAACGGCUCCUGUGACUAGGCAGAGAUGCUAACGGCAUCUCUCAAGUGCACCCUGAGCUUCAUAAAAAGGGUCAGAAGUAAAUUAAAAAAGACAAGUCCAUGAGGUGGCAAGCACCUUGUUGGACUUAACUCAUAGUAUGCCAGCACAUUUUACAGCUUGGCUGAAUUCCUCGAGUUCAGCUUUACGCUGUUUGAAAUAAAUAUCCAUUCAGGAGAAAGUAUAAACAAUGAUUGCUGUAGUGAAUUUCCUCCCGCUACAUUCCACCUGUACUGCUGUGAGGAGAUAAAUAUCCAUUGCAAGACCUAAACAUGUCUCUAAAUUCCAGUUAUAUAAAUAUUUAAGUGUGAUUUUAUGAAUGUUUGAAACUACCUUGCCGAUUUUAUAUUCAUUUCCAUUUGAAUCUAAAGUGUCUUUUUGGAAACUAUAAAGAAAUAUUCUUGAA